GUCUUCUCACUCGGCGCCAACAGCACAAAUGGGUCGACUCCACUCCAACGGAAAGGGCAUUUCGUCCUCUGCCAUCCCCUACUCGCGCAACCCCCCAGCCUGGCUCAAGACCACGCCAGAGCAAAUCGUCGAGCAAAUAUGCCGUCUCGCGAAGAAGGGCGCUACCCCGUCUCAGAUCGGCGAGAUCCUUCGAGAUAGCCACGGUAUCGCGCAAGUCAAGGUGGUCACCGGCAACAAGAUUCUCCGAAUCCUGAAGGGCAAUGGUCUCGCGCCAGAGAUUCCUGAAGAUCUCUAUAUGCUCAUCAAGAAAGCCGUCGCUGUUCGCAAGCACUUGUCUCAAAACCGCAAAGAUAAGGAUUCGAAGUUCAGGCUCAUCUUGAUUGAGUCCCGAAUUCAUCGCUUGUCCCGAUACUACAAGACCGUCGGUGUCCUUCCCCCGACCUGGAGGUACGAGAGCGCCACUGCCUCUACCCUCGUCGCAUAAAGGAAUGUGGAUUGCUGUGUGCGGUCUAGAGGGUCAUGCUCAAGGGGGAUUCGGUGGAUGCGUGGAUGCUUUACAGCCGCAGGGCUUCUUCAGGCACGGGCAUGACCUGUAGUAAAUGAAAAGCGUCAGAACUGAUUCUCUUAAAUUUUGUGCCGAAUUCGCUUGAACGCAAGCCAGUUAUGCUUCACCAUUGGAAUGUGAUGUAUUCCUAACU